CCCCUCUCUGAUCAAACUGCGCCAUUCCCCUUGACUGUCAACAUGGCGAAUACCGUAGCUAACAAGUGUCUCAGUCCUCUGGCUUUCCUCGCCAGGAGGAUCUCUGCUCCAGAGUUCAUGACCCAGUGCUGCUACCACAAGAAGGUGGUGGAUCAUUAUGAGAACCCGAGAAAUGUUGGCACGUUGGACAAAAGCUCCAAGAAUGUUGGGACCGGUUUGGUUGGCGCUCCGGCCUGUGGCGACGUAAUGAAGCUCCAGAUUGAGGUGGACGACAUGGGGAAGAUUGUGGAUGCUAAGUUCAAAACCUUUGGCUGCGGCUCUGCUAUUGCCUCCAGCUCUUUGGCCACUGAGUGGGUGAAGGGCAAAUCUGUGGACGAAGCUUUGCAAAUAAGGAACACUGACAUUGCCAAAGAGCUCUCUCUUCCACCGGUUAAACUUCACUGCUCCAUGCUUGCAGAGGAUGCCAUCAAGGCUGCCCUGGCUGACUAUCGCCUCAAGCAAAAAGAUGACCAGCAGGAGGCAGUCAGAGCCAGCAGUUAAACAGAGCACUCUGACUCUGAGCUGGGCGCCACUGUUUGCGUCCUGCUGUCAAGAGGAGAAGUAACAGUAGUCCAGAGUCCUCACUUUCCUGCAGUAUUGAUGAGUCACACCUAGUAUGUUGAUGACCAGUACACCAUCGUAAUCGUCAUCCCUCCGUAGCAGUGUCCCACCAGGCUUUCUAUAUUAGUCUGAGGUCCUGUAACCCUGCAUACUGUGUCUUCUUAGCCUGUCAUGUAAAUGCAGAAAAAGCAAUGUUUGGGCUGUUGGUACAAACGUGAGCCUUAUUUUUGAGAUUGUGUUAUAUUUUAAGAUUGUGUGCUUGGGGAGUGUUUAGUUUGAGGGAUGUGAUGUAGACGGGGAUUAUUCUAUCUGCACCCUAAGCACUGACCUUUUGGAUAUGCAAUUAAACAAAGUGGCUUGAAAGGG